AUGCCCGUCGACGCUGACCCCCUUAAUACUCCAGCACAAGUCCGACGGCAUCGAAGCUUUGCACAUUCUCGACCGCGCACCACGGGCGGCCUAGAUCGCAGCGCAACGACGACGAUGCUUCUGGUUCUCGUCGCUGCAUCGCUUGCCCCUACUGUGCUAGCGAUCAACGGGAGGCCAGAUGACUCUGCGCUUCCAGAAGAGUGCCGGCGACGUGGCGCAGGCAACGAGUCCUACACCUUGAGCCUGCACAUCGCAGCCAUCUUUGUAGUCUUUGUCUCGAGCUCCAUCGGCAUCGUGCUGCCAUUCGUACCCCUCUGGCUCAAGAGCCGACCCAUACCGGCUGCCAAUGACGACGAUGAUCAGCAUACGCACGCACACGGACACGCGUCGGGGUUGCCCCGGACCUGGUGGGACGAGCUCUUCUUCAUCGGCAAGUGCUUUGGAGCCGGCGUCAUCCUGGCCACCGCCUUUGUGCAUCUGACCUACGAGGCAUUCAUCCAGCUCAGCUCGCCCUGCCUCAACCUUGUCUACUCGCCCAUGGCGCCCGCCAUCUCCAUGGCAUCCCUCUUUGCCAUCUUCCUCGUCGACAUGCUUCUCAUGCGCCACAUCCACCGCUCGCGCAAGGCCAUGGACGAACUCAAGGCGCGACGCGCCAAGGACAAGGCGCAUCUCGAAUCGCUCACGCUCCUCAGUAUUCGACCCAUCGACUCACCAGCACCCGUCGACGUCGACAUGGCCAUGCUGCACAACGCUUCUUCGCUCCCCACAUGGCAAGCGGUCGUGCCAGGCAAGACGCCUGACGGCAGCAGCCGUGCGGAUGGAGCCAAACCGCUUGAUGCAGACAUGCUGAACGAGCGCUUACGCAGGAACGAGAUGAUCGAGCAGGAAGAGAAGCUCGCGGAUGCCAAGCUCCGCCAACGCGCCAAGGAGCUCGACGUCAUGAUCAUCGAGGGCGGCAUCGUCUUUCACAGCGUCAUGGUCGGUCUCGGCCUCGGCACAGCCUCCGAUGCCGGCUUCGUUCCCUACUUUAUCGCCAUUGUCUUUCACCAGAUGUUUGAUGGCUUUGCGAUCGGCACACGCAUGGCAGCGCUCGACUUUGUCGGGCGGCGCAGGAAACAGGCGGCCAUGUUUCUCGCCUACGCCUUUGUCACGCCCGUCGGCAUUGCCCUCGGAACGGGCGUCCGCACAGUCUUUGAGCCCAACAACCCUUCCACCAUCAUCGCAAUCGGCGUUCUCGACUCUAUCUCCGCCGGCGUGCUUCUCUACGGCGCGCUUGUCGAUCUCCUCGCCAAGGAGUUCCUCUUCGGUCCCAUGCUCGACGCCAGCGACCGCCGUCUCGCCGUCGCCCUCGCAAGCCUUCUCUUUGGCGCAGGCGUCAUGAGUCUCCUGGGCAAGUGGGCCUGA